AUGAGCGGCCGAAGUCGGGGCCGAAAGUCCUCCCGCGCCAAGGGCCGGGGGGGCCGAGGCCGGGGCAGAGGCCGCGCGCGCGCCGCCCCGGAGCCUCCGGACCCCCCGCAGGACCCCCCGGAGGGCCAGCGGCCCCGGGAGGACGCGCCGGCGGCGGCGGCGGCGGCGGCGGCACAGGUGCAGGCCGGCGCGGGGUGGGGCGGCCUCUGCCUGGAAGGCGCCGCGCUCCCGGGGCCGGAGGAGGACCCCUCCCGGGUCCCGCUGGACUGUGGCCUCGCGCUGCGAGCGGCGGGGGAGCGCGGGCAGGCCGCGGCCAGGCUCGGCCUGGGCCUGGGCCUGGGCAGGGCCUCCUCCCUGUCGGAGCGCCUGGCGGCGGACUCCGGCUUCGUGGGCGCCGUGGGCGCGGUGGGGAGGCUGCGGGGCGGCCCCCGCGUCCGGAACCUGCUGCGUGGGCGCGCGGGGAAGAAGGCCCCGGCGGGGAAGCCCAAGACCAGAGACCCCGCCGCCGCCGGGGAGCGUGCAUCGGCUCCAGAGGAAGAGGAACCGACGGUGGAGGAGGAGGAGGAAGAGGAGGAAGAGGAGGAUGCAGGGGCAGGGACCCCGGCGAAGGCGACGACGGCGACGACGACGACGGAUGGCGGCAUGGACACGCUGGAGAGCGUCCAGCAGAAGCUGGAGUCCAUGAACGCGCAGGCCGACAGGGCCUACCUUCGCCUCUGUCGCAAGUUCGGGCAGCUGCGCCUGCAGCACUUGGAGCGCAGGAGCCUCCUCAUCCAGAGCGUGCCCGGCUUCUGGGGGCGCGCUCUGCAGAACCACCCCCAGCUCUCCUCCUUCCUGACCGGCAAAGACAGAGAAGUGCUGGGCUACUUGAACAGCCUGGAGGUGGAAGAGCUCGGCCUCGCCAGGCUGGGCUACAAGAUCAAGUUCUACUUCGAGCGCAACCCCUACUUCCAAAACAAGGUGCUCAUCAAGGAAUACGGGUGCGGCCCUUCGGGUCAGGUGGUGUCUCGUUCGACUCCAAUCCAGUGGCUCCCGGGACAGGCCCUCGAGUCCCUGAGCCAGGAGAGCCCGGACAACAGCCCCAGCUUCUUUGCGUGGUUCGCAAACCACACCUCCAUCGAGUCCGACAAGAUCGUUGAGAUUAUCAACGAGGAACUGUGGCCCAAUCCCCUGCAGUACUACCUUCUGAGUGAAGGGGCCCGUGCAGAGAAAGGGAAGGAGAAAGGAAAGGAGAAAGGGAAGGAGGGCAGGCAAGGCCCAGCGAAGCAGCCAGUGGAGGCCCCUGAGCCUGGAUCCAACAAGUCCAAGUAA